AUGGUAUCUCUGAAGACAGUACAAGCAUCCAACGCCGGUAUUCGGGCCCUCCCCAAUAUCACUGCCUUAUUUGUUGGUGGCACCAGUGGCAUCGGCCGGAGCACCCUGCGCCAACUGGCUCGUAAUGCCGACAGCCCUACAGCCUAUAUCAUCGGUCGCAACGAGGCUCGUGCCAGUCCAUUCUUAUCUGAACUGCGGCAAUUGAGUCCCAAGGGCCGCUUCCACUUUAUUGAGGCGGAUGUAUCGCUAGUGCGCAAUGUGGAUGCCGUGUGCCAGCAGAUUCUCCAGCAGGAGAAGCAGCUGAACUUUCUCUUUAUGACUCCGGGAGGUAUUUCUCUGGGGGGACGAAAUGAAACCGUUGAAGGCAUAGACUACCUCUUCGCUCUCCGCUAUUAUUCCCGUAUGCGUUUUAUCCAGAAUCUCCUCCCUCUCCUCGAGUCGUCUGGACCAAGCCGGGUGGUCAGUGUCUAUGGUGGAGGCUUUGAGUACUCCAUUAAUACAUCAGACCUCGACCUCAAGCACAACUUCUCCCUGCUCAACGCCUACAAGCACUCCAUUACCAUGACCUCCCUGAGCAUGGAACACCUCGCCAGCACCCACCCUGCCAUCAGUUUCAUUCACGUCUACCCCGGUCUUGUUGGCACCAACAUCUACACCAAUAGCUUCCCUGCACCGGUUUCAACAUUCUACAACUACGUAAUGUGGCCAUUCAUGUGGCCCUUUUCCGUGAAUCUCAGCGAGAGUGGCGAGCGACAUUUAUUCCAUCUGAGCUCUGCGCGCUACCCAGCUAAGCAGGGCACUGGGUCCCAAGGAGUUCCGCUGGAGGCUGGGGAUGUAGCUACGGGUACUACUGGGGAAACCGGGAGUGGUGCCUAUCUUUUGGAUUGGAAGGGCGACGUUAGACCGAGCACAAAAGUUCUGACACGGUAUCGGGAACAGGGGAUACCGGAAUUGGUUUGGGGUCAUACAGAGAGUCUUAUGGAUAAGGCAGUGGGCCGAUAG